ACUCAUCUUGAUCUUCUGCAGAGUGAAAACUCUGCCGGCCCACUACAACAGCUCUAUGAGCAAAUUAUACUUUUGCAAAAUCAUAUCAAUAUAACGCGAGGGCAGCUUGUUAGAGACCGCUUGCGCCUAAUGGUUGCGGAAAAGAAUGACCUUGCCACUAUAUCCCUCGGCGAUGCAUUACAAUAUAUCAAUGCAUUACCCGAGGGACUUUUAUAUUCCAGGAUACAAACAAUCUAUCCUUACUAUAAUCAAGACGUUGUGUAUUUAUGGUGUUACGUGGUCAUUAGAAAGCGACUGCAUCUAAGCCGGGCUUCAAUCGCAUGGUUUUGUAUAUAUCAGGACUACUGUCCUAAGGAAGCUUACUUCAUAGCUGAAAUCGCAGUUAAUAUCAUCGGAAAAGAAGCAUAUAAUACAGUUCGGGCCUUUCAAUCAGCUGAGAGGGAUAUUCAUAUACAGAUAUAUCGAGUAUACUUCGGCCCAGACGGCACUAUUCAAGUUGCCCCAGACAGUGAGCCACCCUUAUACGAUCAAUCUGGCAAACCGCCCGUCUAUAAAGAAUCAAUAGAGAGGGAGCCAUACGAAGAUUCACAGGGCAACUAUUUCAGCAUCCUUUAUAGGCAGAUCAAAACCCCAAAUGGAAUCCAAAAUAAUAAUCAACGCACCGCCCAAAUCAAAAGCGCACUCGAAAAAUAUAAGUCGAGAGGCUACAUUUUUAAACCCGCCAGGAAUGAAGAUAAGUCGUAUGUUCGCACAUUCAUGGAUGAUGAUUCCAUGUUCGUGGACUAUGGCCACAUAUACCGCCAUUAUAUACCAAUUACCGGGCAUCGUUUACUUUCAUCUUGGCUCGAUAAGAGACGGAAAAACAUUCAACUAAUGUCCUGGAAUCACAUUCACAAGUGUGUGGAUUUAUCUAACCCUAUGGGAAAAUUCCACAAUUUGCAAAACAGGAAGGGCCUCGCGCCAUUACCUCGAGGGGAGAUAUGCCUGGGUGAGCUCACUAGACAAGAGUUCGGCAACAACCUAAUCGAAGAAAAUCAAGAAUGGAUAGUAGCGCGAUCUAGUACAGUAUGGAAUACUCUACCCCCUGCCACAUUAUGGGCAUAG